UAUAACAGUGAUCUGCCACGGCCGAGGUGUUGGUUUUAUUAUUUUAUUGUUUCCCUUCUACAUGACUUUACCGAAAGAACCAAGAAUAUGAAUCCCUCAAUCACGAAAGCUUUCAUUCAAAAGCCUCCAUUGUAUUAAUUGCCAUUUCAUAGUCUAUAAGAGCCAGACAUAAUGCAGUUUGAUAUUCAUUCACUUGUCUUUUUUAUGAUGUAAUACGAUAUAUAAUCCUGCAUUUGUUGGUUAAAGAGGUGUAAAACUCCUGCAGUUUGUUUUUCUAAGCUUCUACAAAUUUAAUCAUUGGCAUGUGUCUCCUCAUAUGUCCCUCUAGAUAUUCCUCAACUGCUCCCAUAUCCUGCAUUUGUGAAUGAUCUCGCACAUGUACUGUCUGGAUAUGGCUGUCUGAUAUCUAACCAUUAUUUUUACAGCCUCCUAUGCAUCUUCUAUAUUGAGUGUAUUUGCUUCUCUGUGAAUAGAACUGGGUAUUAUAUUGGUUGUGAGGUUUGUGCAAUGGUUGUAUUGAGUAUAACUGGUUGGUAAUGUUAAAUAUAACUACAUUUUUGUACGUACAAUUUAAACCACACCAGUGCAUCUCUAGGCCUCCUCAAGGAGCCAUUGCUUUGUUUGGCUACACAGCCAGCGUUUGUAUGAGGAUUUCUGUCAAGUACACAGACCAAACACAGGCAUUUAUCAGUCAAGGUUCAUCAAAACUGUGCAUGAUAAUCUAAUAAACUUCAACACAAUGCCACCACAUCUCGGUACAAUUAAAUUCUGGCCAUCCGAGCACAGCCCAGACUGUUCGUGUCAAACUUGAACAGGUGGCAACCCUAAUCUCUACUCCUCCAAAUACCUCGUCAGGUGUGUUCUCAAGGUAGAAAAUAAGUCAAGCUUCAUAUACAUUGUCCUCAACCAAUUCUGUUGCUCUUUUUUAGCGGUAUGAUGAUGCAUUGAUGCAUUAAUUCAUAUGCAUAAUAUGUAUUCUUAAGCUAACGAAACAUGCAUCAAAUCGUGCGUGUAAGAAUCAAUGUUAGUUGAUUUGUAUAUGUUGCAUGUAUUGGGUUCACUUAAUGCCUCCAGCCACUAAACCACGAUGUUUAAAAGUAUGGAAUCGAAUCUCAUCCCCGAAUCACAAGGGGGUAAAUCAUGAAACCCCUAGUCUUUAUUUAGAUCUCACCCAAUAAGAAUGUGAACCUGAAUAAAACAUUCCAGAGGGGAUACAGUGCUCAGCUGUGCCCAUUUAAAAUGUGGUGUAUUUAGCUUUGUGCUGAGAGGUGACCCUGUGGAAUCUCACAAAUUACAUCUAGCAGACGUGACACAUUUCCUUUCUGGGAUUAGUUUCCACUUGCCAACGUGCGAUGAUGUGCAGUUCUAUGAAGUAUUUGUUUAAUUCGUUUUUCCGACCUUUACAUCUGAAAUGUAUUGGUCAAUAAUUGAUUGCAAGCCCCAAAGGCAACACUAUUGUACAAUGUAAACCAUGCAGAGCAACCUGCAUGGAUAUUCGCACCCCUCAGCGGUGUUGUUCGAUUUCUCACAGUCAUACUCAUUGACAACUGCAAAUAAAGAACACAAAACCUGGAAGAUUGAAAUACUGUAGGUGUAGGUGACACCUUUUUGAUGUCUAUAGUGAUGCCCAUACAACUUAUCUUUGCAUACCUUGGACAACCUCCCCUUUUCUUUCAAAUGGCAUUUCAAAAGCAAUAAACUGGGUUGUACUUCUACAUUAAGUCUGAAAAUCCAUUUGAUGGCAUCUGAAGUCACCUGAUAGAUUCUAUUUGUACCUCUUGCAAAAGCGUGCAUUGCGCCAUAGCACACACCAUUCAGUGGGCUGUGCAUAGUGUGUGAGGCUUAGUGGGAUGUGUUGAUGCUGUUGCUGAAUGCGAGUGGAUUUUUAUCGGGCUACAGUCCAAGCAAGUAGUCUGCUUGUAGGUUGCUAGAUGGUAAUAUAUGGUUAUUAUCAGAGAUUUUGUUUUUAUUAGUUGUAAUUGUCUAUCAAAGUUAUCUUCAUCACUGCAUAACCUCUGCCUAUACAUAGGAGGUUUUGAAUUCCAUGAUAUUCAUUUCAUGACUGCAGUAUGUGGACUUGUGUGUAAAAUGCUUGUAGGUUACGGGAGAUUGGAAUGAGUGAAUAUGAUGCCGCCACGUACGAGCGGUUUCUGGGGGCUGUGCGGAGCCAGGUGCAAGCCCUACGCAUCAUCCUCGACAGCCUGGAGGCCAAAGGGAAGGAGCGGCAGUGGUUGCGUCACCAGACAACAGGAGAGCUGGACGACGCAAAGCUUAUCGACGGUCUUACGGGUGAACGAGCUGUGUACCGCCGCCGUGGAGACCAAGAUCCUGAGCUGGGCUCACCACUGGUCAAGCCAAAGCGCCUGCGUGUGCUGCUCGACGUCUCGGGCUCAAUGUAUCGCUUCAAUGGCCUGGACGGGCGACUGGAACGUGCCAUGGAGGCAGCCUGCCUCAUCAUGGAGGCCUUGCAGGGCUAUGAGGGGAAAGUCUCGUAUGACAUUGUAGGCCAUUCUGGUGAUGGUUUUGACAUCGAGUUGGUGCCAACCAACAAGGUUCCCAAAAACAACAAGCAGCGACUGGCUGUCCUGAAGACAAUGCACGCACACUCCCAGUUCUGCGCGAGCGGCGAUUACACCGUGGAGGGUGCGCGAGCAUCAGCGGCGACUCUCGCACAAGAGGAUGCAGACGAGCGCUUCCUCGUGCUCUUCAGCGAUGCGAACCUGGAACGCUACGGGGUUCCAGCAGCAAGUCUGGCGCGUGCUCUUACCAACGAACCGUCCGUGCAUGCAUUUGUUGUGUUCAUCGGUUCGCUGGGCGACCAGGCUGCAAGGUUACAGCGCAUGCUUCCAGCCGGCCGUUCCUUUGUUGCCAUGGACACCAAACUCAUCCCUCAGAUCCUGCAGCAGAUCUUCACGACCACUCUUCUCUCAUCCCUUUGAUGUUACCAGCCAUUCUUGACACACGUCUCAUGUAGCCACCAUAAAUGAACAUGCUUCUAAAAUUUGAUUGACUGAUUUUGAGUUUUAAAAAAAAAAUGACGUGUAAAUUCUGUUUUGGGCAAUGAACACAACCAUCUUUAAAAUGGGAAGAUCUACAGUGGUUAGGAGCACUAUGAUACAGUGGGAUUAAACUGUGAUAUGUUGGGGGGGGGGGGGGGCUAUUCACAUUUUCCACAAUUCCUCUCAUCUGCACCGACACCCGCAGAUACAUGCAGCUCGUAAGAAGAGUUUGCCAUCACUUUUGGGCGACUCCUCUCAUCUGCAGAAUGACAAUGGAUAAUAGAAGAAUAAUUUGUUCCUCAGGACUGCUUCCAAGUGAUGCAUAGCCAUGGAUAAUAAGAGGAAUUUGCCAUGAAUGUAGCAGAUAAAAGGUGUGAUAUUGUAUUAAAAAUUAGGAAUUUCCUUAGUCACAGAAUAAAGUGGGUUCCAAUUCUUUUGAGUUUAUUUUUUCCAAGAAGGUUUCCAAUGACGUAUUCAACAAAUGCACGUGGAGGUUUGGCCACUGCUGGGAUGUCAGCAGUUCCUAAGUGUUGAUGCAAUUUAAGUCUAAUAGGUUUACUGAUGUUUUUUUUUAUCAGGGUUCACUAAGAAUUGUUUCCUUUUUUGAUGAGAGCAAGUCCUCGCACCACGAUGGGUCUGCUAACACGUCCUGGCGUGGCAUGUUGGUCUUCAGUGGGUGCUGUGAUGACAGACCGGCAGCAGGCAAGCAGGCUUUAGUGAUGCAUAUACUGUACUCAUAAGUCCUCAUAAGAAACCUUAUUUCCAGUUACUUUGUCCUCCUGCUGCCUAGAUUAAAAAUGGCUCGAUCUUGGCUCUCUGGAACUGGUGACCGUUGCAAGGCUCUGCAAAAUAUGCGCAAGAUGUGAUCUUCACAUAAAAAAAGCAUGCUGGGAAUCCUGUUAUGUUUUGCUGUUGAAAAUUCCUCUUUGUAUAUAUACAUGAUCACCGUUUUGCGCUUAUGAAAACAAGGAUGCUUGGAAUUGCAUUCUUACAGGAAGAGGAACACAUGGACAUAGAACAAAUGCAUAUUAAAUGUUAACUUGGGUGAGGACGCUUUGCCAGAAGGGAUGACUGUAGAUGGAUGAGACUGGUGACAGAAUGGGAGUCAAAGGGAGGCAACAUGUCUGAGGGUUACCAUGUCUGAGGGUUACCAUGUCUGAGGGUUACCAUGUCAGAGGGUUACCAUGUCUGAGGGUUACCAUGUCAGAGGGUUACCAUGUCAAAGGGUUACCAUGUCAGAGGGUUACCAUGUCAGAGGGUUACCAUGUCAGAGGGUUACCAUGUCAGAGGGUUAUGUAUGAGAGGGUUACCAUGUCUGAGAGGGUUACCAUGUCAGAGGGUUACCAUGUCAGAGGGUUACCAUGUCUGAGAGGGUUACCAUGUCAGAGAGGGUUACCAUGUCAGAGAGGGUUACCAUGUCAGAGGGUUACCAUGUCAGAGAGGGUUACCUUGUCUGUUACCAUGUCAGAGGGUUACCAUGUUAGAGGGUUACCAUGUCAGAGGGUUACCAUGUCAGAGGGUUACCAUGUAUGAGAGGGUUACCAUGUCAGAGAGGGUUACCAUGUCAGAGGGUUACCAUGUCAGAGAGGGUUACCAUGUCAGAGGGUUAUCAUGUCAGAGAGGGUUACCAUGUCAGAGGGUUACCAUGUCAGAGGGUUACCAUGUCAGAGGGUUACCAUGUCAGAGGGUUACCAUGUCAGAGAGGGUUACCAUGUCAGAGGGUUAUCAUGUCAGAGAGGGUUACCAUGUCAGAGGGUUACCAUGUCAGAGGGUUACCAUGUCAGAGGGUUACCAUGUAUGAGAGGGUUACCAUGUCAGAGGGUUACCAUGUAUGAGAGGGUUACCAUGUCUGAGAGGGUUACCAUGUCAGAGAGGUUUACCAUGUCAGAGAGGGUUACCAUGUCAGAGAGGGUUACCUUGUCUGUUACCAUGUCAGAGGGUUACCAUGUCUGUUACCAUGUCAGAGGGUUACCAUGUCAGAGAGGGUUUCCAUGUCAGAGGGUUACCAUGUCAGAGGGUUACCAUGUCAGAGGGUUACCAUGGCUGUUACCAUGUCAGAGGGUUACCAUGUCAGAGGGUUACCAUGUCAGAGAGGGUUACCAUGUCAGAGGGUUACCAUGUCAGAGGGUUACCAUGGCUGUUACCAUGUCAGAGGGUUACCAUGUCAGAGGGUUACCAUGUCAGAGGGUUACCAUGUCAGAGGGUUACCAUGUAUGAGAGGGUUACCAUGUCAGAGAGGGUUACCAUGUCAGAGGGUUACCAUGUCAGAGGGUUACCAUGUCUGUUACCAUGUCAGAGGGUUACCAUGUCAGAGGGUUACCAUGUCUGUUACCAUGUCAGAGGGUUACCAUGUCAGAGGGUUACCAUGUCAGAGGGUUACCAUGUCAGAGGGUUACCAUGUAUGAGAGGGUUACCAUGUCAGAGGGUUACCAUGUCAGAGGGUUACCAUGUCAGAGAGGGUUACCAUGUCAGAGGGUUACCAUGUCAGAGAGGGUUACCAUGUCUGUUACCAUGUCAGAGGGUUACCAUGUCAGAGGGUUACCAUGUCAGAGGGUUACCAUGUCAGAGGGUUACCAUGUCAGAGAGGGUUACCAUGUCAGAGAGGGUUACCAUGUCAGAGGGUUACCAUGUCAGAGGGUUACCAUGUCAGAGGGUUACCAUGUCUGAGAGGGUUACCAUGUCUGAGAGGGUUACCAUGUCUGAGAGGGUUACCAUGUCAGAGGGUUACCAUGUCAGAGGGUUACCAUGUCAGAGGGUUACCAUGUCUGAGGGUUACCAUGAAUGAGAGGGUUACCAUAUCAGAGGGUUACCAUGUCAGAGGGUUACCAGGUAUUUACAGCACUGUCAGCUUAUUAUUGUGGCAUCGAUGAACCAUAAAUGCGGUGGCAUGGGGAAUUCCGCAUUUAGGCUUCUAUAGAAAAUGGCUGAUGAGCACAUUAAAUAUAACAUUUUCAUUAACAUAUAAUUUCAUUAUAAAAAAUUCAGUGUUUAACCAACUGCUUGGCUUUCAUCAAUGUAAAUUUGUAUUUAAGCAAAUUAUUGAGUUAUAUAGAAGCACUAAAAAACGUGGUAUGUAAAUGUUAAUGCAGUUGUCUGCCCCCUUAAAGUCAGAAGGUUGAAAGAAAUGACUCCAACCAUUAUUUUUCAGACUUUAGUGAGAAGCCUUAAAAAUUGUCAAUUGACUGGCCUAUGAAUAAGAGCACAUCAAAAUACCGAUUAGCUGAGAAACAGCCUACCGAGCACGACUGCUGAAAAGUGGAUCAUUAUUAAGUAAUGUUGCAUUAAAUUAUCUGCCAUUAAAGUCAGUAAAAAAAAUCGUGGAAGUGUUGAUUUAUCUUGAAGUUGCAAUUCAGAUCGACUCCUUGCAACGUGUUUAUUUAAUGAAUAUUGUUGGAUAAAUGCAAUAAAUAACUCAAUGCAAGUUUGUAAAGCUUUUAGUGACAGAACAUACUCCGUUAAGUGUAUAUAUAAACAUACAUUUUAUCGUUGGAUAAGUGCAUUACUGAUUUGAAUGUGUUGACAUCUGUUUACGUGUUAUAUUUAGAAAAAAAUGAAUUAAUAAAUGCCAUCCUGUUCAUG